AUGACGUCUUCCUACACCGUGGAUAAUCAGGGGAAGGCUAUCAAAGAUUCAGUUACAAUGGAGGCAGCCGACUCAUUUGAUAUGGGUGCAGGCCAUGUGGACCCAAGGGCUGCUCUAGAUCCUGGGCUUGUCUACGACAUGGCACCGCUAGAUUAUAUAGAUUUUCUCUGCUCCCUCAAUUACACCAGACGACAAAUUUCUCUUCUCACAAAGGAGCCAGUUUCCUGUCCCAAAUCCAGUUUCGAAGCCGUAGAUCUCAACUACCCAUCGUUUUUUGUUGUGUUUAAGUCGGGCAACAAUUCCAUCAAGGUGAGCAGAAGAAGUGUGACGAAUGUGGGUGCAGAGGGUAACGUGUUGUAUAGAGUGAGUGUGAAGAGCCCUCCUGGCGUAAACAUCAGCGUGGAGCCCCAGACGUUAGUGUUAAAAAAACUCUACGAUAAAGCCAGCUACAAUGUGAAAUUUGAAAGCAAUCGAAGAAGCCCAUCUGCAUCUGAGAGUGAGCUAUAUGAUUUUGGAGAGAUACGUUGGACAUGUAUUGAUGGGGGAACACAAGUUGUUCGUAGUCCGGUUGCGUUCACCUGGCAAUCUUCAAAUUAA